AUGGUGGACGUUUUGAGUUCUAUAUGCGGUGUUUAUUCCGUCACAAUAGACUCUGAAGAUGGGACGGCCAAGAUUUCUGGUGAAGUUGAUCCAAAUCUCCUCUUGAGGGCGUUGUCAAGAUCAGGCCUUGGCAACCAUGCAGAGGUGAAAUGGGUGAGACUUAAGCACCCAGUGUUGAGUAAUAGUCUUAUGACUGAUGGAUAUGGUUCCUAUAAUCAUGGAUAUGGCUCUUAUAAUCAUGGAUAUGGUUAUAACAGUUAUGGCCAUGGUCAUGGUCAUGGACGUGGCUAUAGUUCUAUUGGUGGUCCUUUUAUGCAAAGAAGGUCGUUGCCCGAACACAAUUAUGGCUAUGGGGGACACCACAAUUACCAAUAUCCUUUUAGGGGCACUGCAUAUGACUCGUACGCCACCAACUAUUACUCCGGUGCUCUGCCAUCACCUAGGUAUGUUCCAACAUAUGAAGAUGACAGCUUCAACUGCCGUACAACAGCUAUUAUAUGUAGAGAACUGGAGAGAUUCUUAAUGGCUCGCUGGCUUUCACCAUGA